AUGUCCCCCCCGGCCUCGGCGGCCGCGGCCAGCGAAGGAGGCAGCAGCACGUCGGUUCCGCCGGAGGAAGCGGAGGGGGUCCGAGAGGAGCAGCGGCCGGUGAAGCAGUCUCUCAGCAAGUCGCUGUGCCGAGAGUCCCACUGGAAAUGCCUGCUGCUGUCACUGCUGAUGUAUGGCUGCAUGGGAGCCAUGACGUGGUGCCACGUCACCAAGGUGACCCGGCUGACCUUUGACAGUGCCUACAAGGGCAAGUCCAUGAUGUACCACGACAGCCCCUGUUCCAAUGGCUACGUCUACAUCCCACUGGCCUUCCUGGUGAUGCUCUACGUGGUAUACUUGGUGGAGUGCUGGCACUGCUACACCCGCAACGAGCUGCAGUACAAAGUGGAUGUGGAAAGCGUGCACGAGCGAGUGCAGCGGAUGCAGCAGGCGACCCCGUGCAUCUGGUGGAAGGCCAUCAGCUACCACUAUGUCCGGAGGACCCGGCAGGUGACCCGCUAUCGUAAUGGGGAUGCCUACACCACCACCCAAGUGUAUCACGAGCGGGUCAACACCCACGUGGCAGAGGCCGAGUUUGAUUAUUCCAACUGUGGAGUCAAGGACAUCUCCAAGGACCUCAUUGAUUUGGAGAGCUACCCAGCCACACGGCUCCGCUUCACCAAGUGUUUCAGCUUUGCCAACGUGGAGUCAGAGAACUCCUACCUGACCCAGCGGGCCCGCUUCUUCACCGAGAACGAGGGCCUGGAUGACUAUAUGGAGGCCAGGGAGGGGAUGCACCUCAAAAACGUGGACUUCAAGGAAUACAUGGUGGCCUUUUCCGACCCAGACAACCUGCCUUGGUACGUAUCCCACUAUGUUUUCUGGGUGGCUGCUCUGCUGACCCUAUCCUGGCCCCUGCGGGUGCUAAAUGAGUACCGCACUUCCUACGUCCAUUACCACGUGGAGAAACUCUUUGGGUUUGACUACGUGGCGGUGACACCGGCUGAGGAGCGCUCCUUCUGCCGGAGGAUGCCCCGCGUCAACACGGUGGACAGCACCGAGCUGGAGUGGCACAUCCGAUCCAACCAGCAGCUGGUGCCCAGCUACUCGGAAGCCGUCCUGAUGGACUUGGUGGGGUUGUCCGGCUGCACCAGCUACUCCGCGUGCCGCUACGGGGGCUACCGGCAGAACUGCGAGCGGUGCCACAGGACUAUAAGCAGCUCUUCCAUCUUCUCCCGCAGCGCCCUGAGCAUCUGCAACGGCAGCCCCCGCAUCCCCUUCAGCAGCAGUCGCUUCUCGCUGGGCCGCCUGUACGGCUCACGGCGCAGCUGCCUCUGGCAGAGCCGGAGCGGGAGCCUGAAUGAGCAGAGCUGCCCCACGGAGCAGACCCGCCUCUCCAGCCAAGUGACGGUGGAGGAGGAAGACCCCCCUCCUUAUCAGGACGCCCUCUACUUCCCCAUCCUCAUUGUGCACCGCAAUGAAGGCUGCCUGAACCACGACCACCGUCACCUCCACCGCAACGGGUCCUGUGUGGAGACCUCACUGUGAAGGCGGAGGGCAGUGGGAUCUCAUUGCCGAGGGCCUGGCCUGAGCCAGCGCGGGGUUUGAGAGAGGAGCACUGGGGAGGGAGGUGGCCCAGGAGGAAGAGGUGGGAUGGAGCAGUGGCUCCGACCUCUGGAGGGGUGAGUGAUGGCGCUUCCCUGGCCUGGCACAGAACUCUGGAUUGACCACCACAUGCAAAAAAAAAAAAAAAAAAAAAAAUCAUCCUAAAACCGUAAUUCACAGCAUCAAGAUCCAGAGCGAGGAAGAAAAAGACAGGCCUGGCACGGGAGGGGGUGCUGCAGUGGGUGUUCCAUCCCCAGGCUGGCGUGUGCUUGGAGGAAGCAGCAACCAGCAGACAGACCCUGCUGCACCUCGCUGCCCUCCUCCCCCUGCUGCAGCCAGACCCAGGGUGGGGGCACUGACCGACAGCUUAGAGAGAAGGCUGAGCACCACAAAUCCAGCUUCGCCUGACCCCCAGCUUGUACCCCACCCUCCCCGUUUGUUUUUUAGACCAUGCUCCGACUGUUACAUGCUCUCGCUGGGAAAGGCAUCACCUCUGGAGGACACCAGGUACAGCUCCUUAGAAAGCUUUGGCACUCUGAGUGUCAGCAUCCCCUGGGUAAAAGACUGCCUGUUUGGGAUAGCCACGGACAGGCAGCCCUGGGUGCCUCCAGGUGGAAUGGAGUGCGGCAACGCUGAUCUGCUGACUGGAGGAGGGCUCAGCUGGAAGGAGAGUGAGAGGUCCCUGUGAGCUGGGGAAGGGGAAGGGAUGGCACUGGGACAGCAGCGCGUGGAUGUCAAGUUGGCAUGUCAAUUGGUGGAGGUCCCAUUGUACCCCCAGUAGCUUUAGACGUGCAUCAAGGAAGGCUCUGGCCAGUUCAGCUGCAGAUCAGCUAUUGAUAGUAGACCAGCAGGGUGGUGCAUGUUUGCAAGAGGGAAUUUUGCACAAAAUUAGGCUGGUUUCUGGCUGCAUUCCAAGCUGCAAUCUUCUGGCAGCAUGGUUUUGGCAGGAAAUUCUAAGGGGCAGGGAGGGAGAAAUGCAAAAACACACUGGAGCGUUGGGAACCCCAGACUGGGGACAUGGGGAGCAAAGACAGCCCUCUUCCUCAGGCUCAUCACACUUCCUUCAUCCACCUGGGCAGGUGAUGGCCAAGAGCAAUGUGUCAUGGAUUGCAAGAGCAAGUCCAUUAGCUUGUGGUCAUUUGGACAUUCACACUGUCAGAAGUAAACCAGCAAGGCAUUAACAAAGGAUCUGUUUUUUCAGCCAUGCUGCAUUGCUUCACCUACAGGUCAUGGAGUCUUGGGUGAAGAUGUCUUGUUCCACCAGAUCAGCCCAUGUUAGAGAAUCAUCUCCAGUGAUGAAACUGACCUAUUGCAGGAUCCUUCUCUAACAUGUAUCACAUCUCUGUAGGAUACAAAGACAAGCUUUGAGAGAUCACAUCCUUAGGAUCUGUAAGGCUUUGCCUCCAGAGCGGUUCUUUUCCGCUGUUCGUGCUGGUGUGCCCUGGACAGUAUCUCUUGCCCUUCAAGUCAGUUUGUCCUCCUGGAUCUCAAGGGCUAUGCUCCAAACAACAGUGGUUUGAACAGAAAAUCUCUUAAAAUCUUACUCUGUUAUGCUUCUGUCUUGUAACCUACCCUUAUUUUAACAACCAGACAUAGAUGUCUGAAAUAAGAGGGCCUCCAUAAGAACCUGGAAGCACUAGCUCUCUGGUGUGGGCACAUCCUCCUCUGCUUUUUGUUCCUGGUAUUAUUGGCACAAAUUCAGACUGGGUGGAAGUGGAUACCACCCCACUCACUGCCCUGGGAUUUCUGUGCUCAGUGAUUGGCCCAUGGCUCGCUAGGUGCUUGUGCUUCUUUUUCCAAGGGCAUAAUGCAAGCCCAAGCCAGUGCUGAGUGUCCUCACAGUGUGCAUGGGCUUUUAUGUCCUGGUGAAUCAGGAGACGUUCAAUCAGUGGAGCUGCACUGGGUCACUAGUGAGGAAUUUGUGUCCUUUCCAAUAUAGUCUCUUUGAAAUCUUCCACACAUUGCUUAAAUCAGGCUGCAGUAUAGCUAGCCCCCAAGUUGCCUUGGACAGAUGGAUUCAGCAAAGGUUUGGCAGGCAUUUUAGUUUCCCUAGGGCACAAAAAGUCCUCUGAAGAGGGACUGUGCCCUGCCCUUUAGAGUUCUGCUGGUCCCUGGCUCUCUCUGGGCUUCUUCAUGAGGUUCUUCCAGGAGCAGAGUGCCCCACACUCUAGAAGGCUUUGAUGUUUUCAAUAUGCCAUUGACCCCUUGCAGCUUUCCAUGGGCUAGGAAUCAGACUCAGGUUGCACUUGCCCGCAGUUUUCCUCUUACACUGGGAUGGGGGAGGUGGGAGCGCUGCCAGCUCCUUGUCCUGGCACUUCACAUUGCUGACAUGUCCCUAGAAGAGAGCUCUUCUACCCUGUCACAAGGCUGGAAAAUGUAUUUGCACUGUUUGGCGUUUCCUUUUGCUUCCAGUGUAGCUGCCAGAAGCUCUCCAGCUUUCAUGAACUAAAGAAAGAAUGAGCAAGCGAGGAGCUCUGGGUUAGCUGACCUCCAAGGCACAUCACCACCCAUUUAUCUCUUUCAGCACACACUAGAAAUUUCUCAGAUAGCGUCCAGCACACCUCUGCCCUCUUUGGUGGCUUUCUCCAUUCAUGCUCGAGAGGCUCCAGUGCUGUUUGUGGAUGCCUGUGUGGAGGAGACUACAGGAUGAGGCUUAUUAAGAGGAAUUUUAAGAAAGUUAGGUAGCAUGUGAUGGCAGUAAAUCAUUGCCUGCUGAUUAGCUUGUGGAAAGAAGAAUACCUUUUAAGCAUUCCUUCCAGCCUUUCCAAUUAUGGCUUUGGUACUGCUGUCUAAUUUCACCAGGAUGCUGCCUUACUUCCAGCAGGGCAAAAUUGCUGCAAUGUGCUCCUACUCUGCUGCAGCAUCUGUAGGGUACAUUUCCGAGACAUGGCAAUAGCACUGAGAAGUCGUGCUACCAAAGAACUGUAAUUCUCAACUUGUGGCAUGGGCUUCUAAUCAUGUUUCAUGUAUAUUCAGUGGUUACAAUGAGGUCUGUGUGAAUAUGAAGAUGGGUCUCUACGAGAGCGAUUUGGAUCCGUAUUGUCACAGAAAUGGGUUACGGUUUAGAUGUUAGCUCUGUUUGGUAACACUGCCUCCUGCCUUGCAUGUGGGCCUAUAAUUUCCACUGAGCCAGGUAUACCUGGGGACUGAAGGCUGUAGGGCCUGGGAGCCCAUUAAAGGCUUAGGGAUGAGCCCACUCAGGGUUCUUGUUUCCAUGGGUGUUCUGGAAAAAUGAGAAAGGCGUUCAGUCACAUUUCAGAUAGACAUACAUAGGCUGCAUUCAUUCCUAGUGUAACUUUCUUGAAGCCCGUGGUGCUAUGCCAGUGCGAGCAUGGCUUAGCAACUCUUCAGAGUGAUCUGUCCUUGAAUCCAGACAAACUGUGCUGUUGCAGUGUUGCUUUGAAGCACAGAGCUCACACUGGGACUUGGCCAACAUGAAUGGAUGUUGAAUUUCUACUGUCUUUCAAGCAAUGGGUUGAAUUGUUCUGCUUUGCUGCCUCCAUCACAGCUGCUCCAUGAAGGGAAACAUUACACUCAUGGUUGUGAUCUUGUUUACUCCCUCAAAAGCCAGCUAAUGAGAAAAGUGACCUAUGCUGUAAUGGGAGAGGAGACUUCUCCCACAGGACUGCAGCCUUUCUACAUGCAAAGGGAAACGAAGUUCCAAGGACAGAACUGAACCUGCAAGACUCAUGGCCUCCCCUUCUUCCUUCCCUCUUCACACCAUCUGUCUCACCUGGGGAAGGACAGUUUCCUUGUGGAGUUCAGCAAGCUCCUCUUCCUGCAGCCCACAACCAGGCUCUACUGUCAGAUGCAUCACUAACCUAUGCAACACUUCCAGGUACUGCCGAGUUUUGAGGAGCCCAUGACAGUAUGCAGCAUGUUCAUCCAGCACUGAGAAUAAGCACAGCUGCUGCUGGAAAGCUAACCGGCUUUUAUUCCUCCCCUCUUUCCAGUGGAGACUGUUUUUGUUGGGGCCUUUUGUUUGGUUGUUUUUUUGUAAACCUCCAACUUCUAGGGAAAUGAAGCUCAUGAGAAAUCAGUGCCCAUCCUGAAGCCUCUCCAAUCCUUUGAACUUUGCAAGUGGAUGCAUUGCCUGCUGUGGUUAUAAUGUAGUGGACUUCAUAGAGCAAAGUAACUUCACACACAGACACGAGGUUCUUUCACUCUCCAUCAGUGCAAGCUGCUUCUGCAAUCUUAGCUACUUACAUUAGUGAAAGAAAAAAGCCUAGCUAGAAUGUGUUGAGAUGACUUAGUGUUUUAUAUCAGUCCCACCAUCCAAAUAUCCAUUAACAGUGCUGUCAGCCGGCAUGCCAUGAGUUCAGACUUUGGGUGGCAGCCCACGAACCCUGUCGGGGUGAAAAGGUUUGGAAGACCCACUCCUAAGUCUGUGCACAUCUCCAGAGCACAUGCAGAGAGGGUGUCAGUUGAAAGCAGACAUCCCUCUGGUUCAGCACGAGGAGAAGUGGUUGGCUGUUAUUUGGGUGCACCUCCAAGGGUAAGUCUGGAUGUGUUGGCGGCUUUGGUCUGGUAUGUCCCCUUCAGUCCUGUAGAGAGUGGGUUGCAGCGUGGCAGGGCAUUGCUUAAUGAUCUGUGAGAGGAAACUCCUGACCUGGUUUUUGCAAGAAGAUGGUGCAAAGUGUCACAUUUGCUGCAGUGACUGGCAGAGAGCAGGGAUAAAAGCAUGGAACAAGCUGUGUUUGAGAUGAAGCUAAUCCCUUGCUGGCUGGCUGAGAGGAGAGAGCUGUUGGAUCUGCUCCCUGCCCAAUGCUCUCCAGCUCUUCUCACCCUCCUCAAAUCCAAUGCAAAAACUAGCAUUACUCCAAGCUCCCAAAUCGCCCCUCUUCCAUCAGCUCCUUCUGGGCCAUGAGCUCACACCAUUCCAGUCCUCUCCUGGGAGAUGUCAGUGGACUCGUAGUGACCUCAAGCAUAGGGCAACCUAUGGACAACCUGCCAGUCUGGCUGCACUGCCUCGAGCAUUGCUCGCUGAGCACCACUUACAUGCCCUGUGCCCACAGAGGCUGACUGAGAGCAGCUGUCAGAGGCUUUGCGGAUGUGGGGAUUUCUGUGGGAGACAUGAGGCAAGGCAGGGCAGGAGGCUGCUAUACUGCAGCAGCUGUGUUUUGGGUCAAGGAUGGAGAAGACCUGGGGCAAAGUGGACUUUCAGGGUAAGCCCUUCCUGCCUGAAGACACAUUGGAUGGAGGAGGCUUUUCCCAGCUGAGGUGCCCAGGCAGGGCCUCACUGUGUCGUCAGAGCAACACUGCUGCCUCCAGGACCAGCACUGACAGCUGGAGCACGUGUCACAAACCGCAAUGGAUAAUGCAGCCACAAGGUGUAAAUGUCACUAAUGAAUAAAUUGCCUUGUGCCUGGGAGAGGCUAAUCCAUCAUGGCCAGGGACAGGGAUGUGAUAGGGCUGGCUAUUUCGGGCACAGCUUGCAGGGAGGAUUCGCUUCACAUCUCUGCUGUCCCCUCUGCCCAGGGAGGUUGAUGUGAAGCCUGGCUCUGUGCUGCUUCCAUCUACCCAGACACACCAGUUCAGGCCUCAGCCCUCUCCACUGUCACCAGAAGAGGGAUUGGGCUAUGUCCCCUCUGUCAGGAGACACAGCUGGCUCUACUACACCAUUCCAUAGGUCAGGCACAGUCCCCUUCUCCCUCCCCUGUAUCUGAAUACCACUCAGCAACACCGUGGCUGGCUGUGCUUAUGGCCAGCAUGUAGGCGACAGGCAGGGAUGGAAUUCAACACAGACAAAUCCAGCCCUGCCGAAGCAAAGGGAUGCUGAGUGCAGUACCAAUCCCCACGCAUCCUCCUGCUCCUCCACCCCCAGCUGGUGCCUGAAAGCAGCCUGCCAUCCUGUUGGCAACAUAUGCCAGUACGACACCUUGCAAACCUCCAUUGCUGUGAGCGGAAGCCAAGAGGCUCAGGAAGCCGCCACCGGCUCCUCACCCUGCCUGCACGAAGCACGGCUCACCAUCUGCUGUGACUGCCAGCCAGCCCCCGGCACCUCUAUCAUUCCUCUGCCUCCUCCUCCAUCCCCCCAUCAGUCUGACGCAGACCCACAUAUGUCCCAUGGGCUGGAUGCUCCCAGCCUGCAUGGGUACCUGCGGCUGGUGCUGCUCGCACCUGUAAUCCAGCCUGAAGGUGACGAGUGACCCAACAGCAAUGGCAGCAUCACACAGAGAAACUGCUGGUGCUAUCAGCUGUAGGGGCUUUAAUUGUUACCAAUUCAUCCAUAAUUUGAAGCCUCGCACACUGGCGGUAAUAGGCUGCUGGUCUCUUGUCGUGUCCAAGCAGUACAGAGGAGGCACACAGCCCAGGAGCAUGCUUGGAUGGUGGUUAGGUGGUGCUGGCAGUCUUGGCUGUGUGCAGCAAAAGGAGCCGAGAGCAUUCUGGAAAGCAAGUCAACGUUUUUUCAGGUGUUGCAUCUUUCACAAGCCCUUUUCUUUCCACCCUUGCUCCUCAGUGGCUGUGCUGGCCAGUGCGUGCGCCAUCCCAUCCCUGCCCUCCUGGCAUCAGCCUUCAUCACACAACUGGCUGUCCAGCAUGGUCCUGUAUCUGGAGCUACCUGUGGGCUUUCCCAGGGCCAGACACUCCCAUUAAGCCCCCAACCCACCCUCACUGCUAGAGCUGCUCCUUCAGCCUGAAGCUGACCUGGGUCGUCUUUUCUGCUGUUCCUGAACACGAGUUCUCAUCUCAUUCAGGUGUGUCAUUCAGUGGAAAUAUUUUGUAAAUGCAAAUAAAUCUAUUCAAUACCUCGGUUUCGAGGAUGUAACAACAAGUAGUUGGAGGAGCCCGGGUGGGAAGGUUUCGCAGCAACUGCCCCUGGCUGUAUUUUCUUGCAGAUGUAGCCUCUGAAGCAUCCACAAACGGUUCAGAAAGGCACUACAAUACUCUGCAAGGGCUCUGGGGUGACCCGCAGGGCCCCUCUGUGUGGCUGCUGGCAGCGGGGACAGCCUCACACUCGAUCCUUUCUGAUCUAUAUGGCCAUGGAUGGCAUCAAGCGGGUGGCCUGUGUCCAUCAGGCAGAGCAAGGCACAAGCGGGUACACGGUGAACAAAUUAUUUUGUGAGCACUGGGAACAGUUUUUACUCUUCAACUAUGUCAAUAUGAUCUAGCUCUGUCCGUCUCUCUAUAUAUGUACAAACAGUAUAUCACAAUGUUGCCUUUUUUGUUGGAAAUAUCAAAGUACAAAGAUUGUAAACCAAAUCGGUGUAAUAAAAGUUUCAGAUGACUCAUG